AUGAUCAGUAAAGAAUUUAAACAUUUAAUGGCAACUGAAGGAGGAAGUGGAGUAGACGCAAAUGGAUAUAUACCGAAAAAAGUCAAUGUGCAUGCAUACGAUGGUCGUAUAAUUGAAGCUUACGCAUUAGUAGUUCAACAGACAAGUCCAGCCAUAUUGUAUCACCAUGCGCUACCCAGCAACCGUUAUAUUGGUCUUCUACGUAGUGGCGCAACACACCACAAUAUUCAUCCAUUAUAUAUAGAAUACUUACAAUCUCUACCUUCGAUCGAACGUAACAAACCUGUCUUGGUACUAGUUAUUAUUGAAACACUAAUGCUAAUUACAUUAUUGGCACCAAUUUGGAUACCUGUAAUAAUUUAUUACUUAUGUACACGUCAAAACGCACAAGCUCGAGCAUUCUUUUUUACACUGCUUAUGACCAAUAUGUGGCGCAUCUAUCGUUUUUUUGGCAGAAAAAGGGCUAUUCAACCUUAUUAUUCUGCACCGUUUCCUCGAGAAAGCACACAUUUCAAAGCGAACACAGAAACAUUUCGUGCUAAAGUUCAGAUCGAUGAGCAAACUUUAUCGGAUACUGUGUCAGACAUCUCAUCGGAACCAAUUUUAUCACCAACGUCUACCCCACUAAUCAAACAACGAAAGAUUAAUCAAAGUUUGGUCGAAGAAGCUCAAGAAUGGUAUACCGAAUAA